ACCUCCAGCUCAGAACUACCAGUUUCUCUCUCCCCAGCUUCAGCUCUGCCUACUGUUUGGCCUGCUCUGCCUCAAGAAAGGUACCAUGCUGCUCUGGAUGGUUCUCCUGCUCUGUGAUUCCAUGGCUGAAGCUCAAGAGUUGUUCCCAAAUCCUGAGCUGAUAGAAUUCACCAAUGCAGAGACGAUGGAUGUCAUCCUGAAGUGUACCAUAAAGGUGGACCCCAAGAAUCCAACUUUACAGCUCUUUUACACUUUCUACAAGGACAACCAUGUCAUUCAAGACAGGAGUCCCCUCUCAGUAUUUUCUGCAGAAGCCAAGGAGGAAAACUCUGGGCUCUACCAGUGUAUGGUGGAUACUGAGGAUGGCUUAAUUCAGAAAAAAAGUGGCUAUCUGGAUAUCCAGUUCUGGACUCCUGUAUCCCAUCCUGUGCUCACUCUGCAACAUGAAGCCACUAACUUUGCUGUAGGAGACAAGGUGGAGUUCCUCUGUGAGGCCCAGCAGGGAUCCCUUCCAAUCUUUUACUCAUUCUACAUUAAUGGAGAAAUCCUAGGGAAACCCCUGACUCCCUCUGGAAGAGCUGCCUCCCUCCUCGCCUCAGUAAAGGCAGAGUGGAGUACCAAGAACUAUUCCUGUGAAGCUAAAAACAACAUCUCCAGAGAAAUAAGUGAGACCAAGAAGUUCCCCUUGGUUGUCUCAGGUACUACCUGGAUCAAGAGCAACAUGCUAACUAUCUGGCUACCUGCAAGCCUGCUUGGAGGGAUGGUCAUUGCGGCUGUGGUUCUAAUGUAUUUCUUCAAACCGUGUAAAAAGCAUGCCAGACCUGAGACGCCCACCCUAAAAGAGCCAGACAGUCCUCUAUAUGUAUUGGUUGAUAAUCGAAGAUAUAAAUGAGAUUCCCACCAAUGAUUUGGAUUCAAAAACCAGGACCUGCCAAGAUCCCCUUGGUCUUUAGGAUCAUGCUCUUUGUUAGUGCAAUGUCUUCCUCCAGCAUACACUCAACUCCAGCUCCCAGAUUCCAGCCUCCAGCACUCAGCAGUGGCUCCAAGUUCUCUCUGCAGGUCACCCAGUUCCUAGCCCAGCAGUGAGGAAGCCCAUAUGCCCUAUUCCUGGUCAGGGCUCCUGAACUGUGGGUUCUCUUCUGAGUGGGAAACCAAACAAUGGUGUAGGAAUGAACAAUUUCCACCUUGAUAUAUACAUACACGCAUGCACACACACAAACACACACACACACACACACACACUUCCAGAUGUAACAUUGUACACAGAGCCACAGUUAUCUUCUUUAAGUACAAAAGGAAAAGGGUUUUCACCUCCAGAUAGACAGAUGAUAGAUACACAGACACACAAGACAGAUAGAUGAUAGAUAACAUAUAGAUUAGAUAGAUAAAAGAUAGAUAGUAGAUAGGUAGAUGGAUGGAUAGAUAGAUAGAUAGAUAGAUAGAUAGAUAGAUAGAUAGAUAAGUAACAUGACAGAUAAGAUGUUAGAGAUAAGAUACUAGAUAACUAAAUACAGAUAAAUAUGUAUGUAUGCUUGUGGAUGAAUGGAGAGAGAGAAUUUUAUAUAGAAAGAAAAUAUACUUGCCUUUAUCUUGAAAGGAAAGCACAAAACCUAGACUACAGGACUAACAAGCCUCUGGGAAGUUCAGCAAGACCAAGGUGUACCCGUAAAUGGGAUGCCCAUACAAUAGCAUAGAAUCUUGACAAAGGAUCAGAGCUGUGAAGGCAGAAAUAACUCUGCCUUCACCUGCAAUUCUCAGCAUGCCCAGUUCAGAAACCUCAGCUCACCCAAAGCUCCAGACUACAGAGUGCCCCAGAAAAGUCACUCACUGAUGUCUUGUAUUUAAAAAGUGGUUAUAAAAUACAGUAUG